AUGCCAGACCUCGCUGCCGCCGAGCUCAGUAUUCCUGCCGAGCAGCACCCCGAUCCCGCAAAGCCACUGGUGAUACCCGUCGACUCAACAGUGGUAGGCUCUACCCUGCGCUUCAUUCCGUGGUCUGUGGUGGGCAAUCCGGCCUUCCUCAAUCUGCCCCCUCCUCCUCCAGGGAUGCAACCGUCGUGGGUCCAGAUUCCGCAGUGGGUCGCCAUCAGUGCGCUUCUCCCGUUCAGUGAGCCCGAGCCCGCUGUGGCUUUGCUCCAUCAAACGGGACAAGGCAAAAACACAGUUGCACAGAUACAUGCCGGCGGCGCGACUCCCCCCCCGCAGAUCGUCCUCAGUGGGGGAGACCGCGACACCGGUGACGGAGCGCAGUUGGGAGUGUCUUCGGCUCACGCCAAGGCGCUCGUUGCUCCUCCUCCCUUUGAUGGGAGGCCCCAGGGUGGGGGCCACCUCGAACCCCCGGCCAGGGAUUCGAGCGGAGGGUGCCCCGGAUUCAUCUAUCCGUUGGGCCCCGGCACCUAUUUUAGAACUGAUCACUUUGCGCAGCAACCGUCGGCCGCCGCUUUUUAG